AUGAACAAUAACAAGGUGGAACUGGCAGAAAAACUAAGCAUUCAACAGUCUGCAAGUAAAGACCUGCUUGAAAAGUUGCAAAAAACCGAAUGGCACUUACAGAUGCUAACCGAUGCUAUCGAAAUCAAAGAUCGGGAGCUUUCAUAUUUCCGAGAGUCAUCCAUGGAACUAAACGAGAUGCUGGAUCAUGAGGAGCAACAUACAAGUGAAUAA